AUGAUGGAACAAAAUAUAAAGUUAUUAUAUUUUUUUUUAAUUGCUACGUUUGUCUUUUUAGCAUGGAUAUGCAAUUUUUACCAUGAUGUGAGUACUUUUAACAAAUAUUUGGAUUACAACUGCAGUGAUGGCAUAGAAUUAUUCACAAGAAAUUAUCGAAUACUAGCAAAAUAUAAACAAUAUAAGGAUUCAUAUAUUGUACGGUUAAAACAAGAUAUACUAAAAAAUAUAGAGAGCGAAGAAAAAAUUUUAUAUAAUAAUGAGAAAGGAAACAAUGAAAAAAACCCACAAUUUAAUAGAAGUUCAUUAAAUAGAGAAGGAUUAUACACCCAAACUAAGGAUAAAAAUGAUGAAAUUUUUGAUAGUAAACAUUUAAAUUUUGAACAAAAAUUGAUAAAAAAAAGCAUUUCUGAUUUUCUUGAAAAAAGAAGAACUAGAAAUAUAAUUUCAAAAAAAAUAAAAUAUAAAAGUUACGAAUUUGGAGUAGGCCUAUUUUUUAUUUCUCUACUGUUGGCAAUAGGAUUUCCCAUAUUACAUGGAUGUCAGGUUUUUGAAAUUGCAUGGGCUUGGCUUAAAAGUUUAGGUCCACUAGGUUCUUUUUGCAAUGUUAUAAAAGAUUUUCUAGGUUUAACACAAUUCAAUUUUUUUCCAAUAGCAUAUACCGUAAUUUUGAUGUUACUAUCUGCCAUAUUUAUAAUGGUGGCUCCUAAUAUUUUUAAAGAAGACGGUAGUAUAAAUAAAUUAAGUUUAGGUGUGAAUAAAAUGAAUUAUAAGUAG